CACAAACAAGUCAGCAAUAGUGGGGGAAGAAGAGGAAGUGGCAGCUUCCAAUCAACUAUGCACAUGUGCGUGCUAGAGGGAAACGAUAGUUGGUUCUUUACGUUCGAGCUUUGUUCAUUCCAUUUGAGUUCCAGUUGAACAUCACCUUCGUGUUCCUGAAUCCUCUCAUGUCUGGAGGAAGGUCUUGGAAGAAACGAUGGUCUCUGCCCGUCCCACCGCUGCGGAAAACAUCUCCGCUAUUCAAGAAGAUUUUUCACAGCAAACCAGUAAAUCCGUGUACCCAACGGUCGAUGAGAUAGUCACUCCAAGAGAAUCCCUCGGAUUUCUAAGCCCCAAACAAGACCCAGAUUCUAUGUAG